CUGCUCUUUCCGCAUCCCUCCCCAGGACAGCUUGCAUUCCCGCCCUGCGCGUGUUGGAGUUAAUCCCAAUAUCACUUGCAAGCAUCUGUUCUCUAUUCCCUACAACUGCAUGCUUUACGCGACACGUCUUUAAGCAUAUCUUAGGGCAGAAGCCUGGCUAUACACACCAUGCAGUCCUCUCCACCACGCAGCGAGGGCAAGGCACGCGCGAUCCGGGAACUUUCACGUAGUAUGAAUGGCCACAGCACACGUUCAAUACCUUCGCUAUCACCGCCGCCAACCGACUCGAAUCCAACACAGCAAUUCGACGCGAACACCUCUGACUUCUUUAACAACGAUGAUGUUAUGAUGUCCACCCAGCACCGAUUCGAGGAGGACACAAACACAAACGCGCUACCUCAGCUACCACGAAUCCGUUCCACAGCGAAGAAGGUCGGCACCUGGCAACCGCUUCGCUCGGAGCCUCCGCAACCCGAUACGUCAAUGGUGAACAAGCAAUUUGGCGAUUUCGAUCAGAGUGUUUCGGACGAGGAGGACAUCUCAGUUGAACAGGCACGUGGGGGGCAGCGCAGCAGUCGCAGCACGCCGGGCAAGGCCAACUCUUCCCUCGGUCUUUACAACAGUCUGUACGACAUGACUCCCCCUUCCGGGCGGCCGCACAAGUCGGCGGAAAGUGGCAACCUCCGUAGAGACGCGCAGAUUCGUCGCGCCUCGCGAAAUGACUUCGACACUGCUUCGCCGCGUCCUACCAGCACGCGCAAUUCCCCCGCACUCGCAGGUAAACAAGAAAGGAAGCGCACUUCGCUAGCACAAUCCCACGCCAAGAUCUCGGAGGAUGAGUCUUCAUUCAUGGAAGGGCGGCCGCCGACGUUCACCUUCCAGGCGCGCAGCACGCGAUGGGGUGGCCAACGGAGUCGGCAGACCUCCUUGCAGUUGGACGGAGUUGCUGAUACUAAUGACGCGAAUCGGCCACGGCCUGGGACAGCUCAAACUGGCACAGGCCAGUCUUUUAUGCUGCCAGACCUUCCCAAUCUUACCGAGCUUGUCUCUGGUGUGUAUGAAGACGGUACACCGGUCUUCUCGAAGUCAACUCCCGCGCGAUCACGGUUUGCUAUGCCAGCGAGGGGCCGUCCGCGCCAACAAAACCACGUCCCAAUCGAUAGUGUCCCCAUUCCGGAUGAAGAGAAGGCCAUAUUCGCUUCGUUGCAGCUUCUCCAAGAGCGCGUAGCGCAGCUAGAACACGAGCGCGCUGAAGCAGAGAAGAAGAUUGAAGAGCAGGAGACUGAAAUUAUUGAGCUCAGAGCCGCUCAGCGGGCUCAGUCAAAGUUUGACGGUGGUACCAGUGGAGAUUCUGGGAAGAAUAUUUGGAAAGUUGAGAAGACGCGACUUGAGGCAUCUGUCCAGACUCUUCAGAAGAAGUUGGAGAGAUCUGAGCGGAAGCUGUCUGUCUCGGAUAUUGAAAAGAACCGCUUGCAGAAGGAACGAGAUAACAUGGCCACUCAGCUUGCUGUGGCUUUCCAGAACUUUGACGAGCUCAAGGCUGAGAAGGAAGCCCUUACUGCUGAAAACGACACGCUUCGGCAGGAGGUAGAUUCCCUCCGAGCCGAAAAUGACGAGCUCCACCAGCAGCUCGAACGUGAGCAGCAGCAAUAUCGUGAAGAAACUGUGCAACUCCGUCGACAAGUUGAUGAAGCCGAAGACUUGACGCGACGUGAGGCUGAGACUCUUCGGGCUGAGCUGCAUCGCGUCCGUGCUCGACACGAUGAAAAUACCCAGCAACUUGCACGCAAAGAGGCCGAGCUUAGGAAAGCUCGGAAAGAGCAGGCCGAAUAUGCAAAACUCAAAGCCGACAAUGACUCCCUGAAAGCGCAAUUAGCAGAGCUGAAAGCGAGUCGCGAGCAGGAACUACGUCGUUGGCUUAAUCGAGAAAGUGAACUUAAGGGAAGAGUUGAACGCCGUGAUGAGACGAUCCGUCACUUCCAGGACAUGACCCAGGAACAGACGAACGAGGCGAUGAGGCUUGACAAUGAGAACUUGCGACGCGAGCUUGCAGAUCUGGCGGCACAGCACGACGAGGAUAUGAGUCGCUGGUUGAGAAAGGAAGCGCAGCUGAAGCGCAAGAUCAGUGCGGCUGCUGAGAAGGAGGACCUUACUCGUGAGAUUUUAAGCAUCAGACAGGCAAACGGCAAGGAAAAUAGGCCUCAGGGGGGUCUUCAACGGAGACCGAGCCAACGAAGGGAAAACACCCGGACUCGAAUUGCACACCGUAUCCAAGAAGAGGUCCGGAACAGCAAAUCUGCUGCUAGGACUUCUCUGCCUACUCAACCAGCUCGAAGUGCAUCAGCGCCUAUUUUCACUCAGAAGAAGUCCCACGUCGACAGCGAUGUCGAAUCAACAACGGAUCUCUCGCUUGGUCCACGUGGAACUCCUUAUGUUAUGAGCGGAGGUGCUGCCGGCAAGCCGUCUGGUCAGACCAUCGAGCGUCCUGCCCCAUUGGAUCUUACCGAGUUGAGCUACAUCGAUGCUGAACAGAUCGCCCAGCUUCGCCGCGCCCUUGAAGAAGAACGGGCAAGCCUCCGUAAGAAAGAAGCGACUGCUAACACGGAGCGCGUAACACGGGAAGAUACUGCUCGUUCUGUAGCUUCUGCGAAGAGCACACGCCAGCAGUCACUGCCACGGAAAUCUUCCAUGAAAGACCUCACCGAGCGGACGGGGACUGUCUUCGAGGAUCUGACCGGCCGCUUCUCUACCCGCAACGAGGAUGUUACACAGACCGACGGUGGUGCGGACAUCUCGAUUGUCAGCAAUACUAGCCGCCGCCGUCGCAGUGCCCCUGCAGAUAACAUGACGUCUGCCUUCAUCGUUCCGGAUAUUACCAUGCAUGGCCGAAAAGACACUGCCCAACCUGAGACUCAGAAGAUUGUCGACAGCCGUUCUCACGACAAUGACAACUGCACUGUAUGCCGCCGCAAUGCGCCCAACCCGUCCGACAAGCCCCUUCAGGUGCCGAAGCUCAUACCUGUCUCCUCCCGUAUGCCUGACGAAGCGGACGCCACCCUUCGUCCCUCUCAGUCACCGAUAGAGGCACUUGCCCUGGUCGUCAAGGAAUUGCUCGAUGAACGAGCCCAUCUCCACCUCGAGCUUGCUGCAUGCCGCGCCAUGCUCGAGGCGCACGACGUCAGCCUGGGCAUGAAGAAGCGCACUAAAAUCAACGAAACCAUGAAGGAUAUCUUGCGUCUUAUUGAAGUCAAAGAUACGCAGAUAUAUCAUUUGUACGAUGUACUUGAGGGGCAAAAGGACCAUGAGAUUACAGAGCAAGAGGUCGAGGAGUUGACCAGGGAGAUAAGGAUGGAGGAACAGCAACAGCAGCAGCAGCAGCAGGAAGGACAGGAGAAGAAGACGGGAAAAAAGGUUACGGUUAGGAGUUUCCAUGAGAGCGAUGAGGAUGAGGGACGGAGUGCGAGCGAGACAGACGAGGAGUUGCCGUGGGAAGGGUUCGAGGAUACGGGGAGCUUGAAUUUGGGAUUUGGAGGGGUGGGAAGAGGGGGAGCGUAGGGUGGUCUAGGGAGCUUGGCUGCUUGUGUCGAGAGGCAGUAUGCAAAAUUGGCGUUUGGCAGGAUGGGAUCGAUAAUGGCGUUCCGGACAUUGGUAUGAUUUUCGAAUGGAUGCGUCUUCAGCCUCUCUAUGCGAAGGCAGAGGGGAAAC